UGCCCUUUUAGACUGAGUGUAUUAAUUGCUUGAAUGGGAGGAUCACAUGUGACGUUUACGUAGAAGGCCUGGGCUCACAGUAAAAGGAAAGUAUGCUGGCUCCGCCCACAUUACACUAGAACUCAGCAGCUUUGGCAGCUGGAGAACCGGCUCACUUUUCAGCAACUGCAAUUCAUUGCAAAAGAAGCUUCACAACAAGAUAAAAUGACAGCUGAGUACUUCACAUAUAAAGGUGUCAAUUUUUCGCCAAUCUCCUACUCAGAAGAGGUUCUCAAUUUCGCAGAAAAUGAAUUCCAAGUGCUGGAUGAUGAUGUUUACAUAGUAACAUACCCUAAAUCAGGCACUAAUUGGAUGAUAGAGAUUUUGAGCCUCAUUAAGAAACAGGGAGACCCCAGUUGGUGCAAUAGUGUAAUCAUAUGGCUGAGGUCACCAUGGAUUGAAACUAAAGAGGGUCAGUCACAAAUUAAAGAUGUCCUCCGUCCAAGGGUACUUACCUCUCAUCUUCCAUGUCAUAUUUUUACCAAGUCCUUCUUCUCUUCUAAAGCUAAGAUAAUUUACAUUAUGAGGAAUCCUAAGGACAUCUUUGUAUCUCUGUUCUAUUUUGCUAAGAUGCUUUGUCUCUACAAGGACCCUGAAAGCUUUCAGAAAUACUUAGAAGACUUUCUGGAAGGAAAUGUUCUCUACAGCUCUUGGUUUGAUCAUGUGAAAGGAUGGAUGCAAUUGAAGGAUGACAGCAGAUUUUUCUUUAUCACAUAUGAAGAGCUCCAGCAGGACCUGCGGGGCAGUGUGUUGAGAAUCUGCAAGUUUAUAGGAAAGGAACUUAAUGAUGCAGCUAUUGACUCAGUUGUAGAAAAUUCCUCUUUCAAAGUCAUGAAAGAAAAUAAAAUGUCCAACUACAGCCUUACCCCACUGGAAUACUUGGAUCAUAGAAAAGGUUCCUUUAUGCGAAAAGGAAUCGUUGGGGAUUGGAAGAAUCAUUUAACUGUGGCUCAGAAUGAGUAUUUUGAUAAAGUUUAUCAAGAAAAGAUGAAAGAUCUGAAUAUUAAAUUUUUCUGGGAAGAAGUUUGAUAUCUAUAAUACUUUGAUUAUCUAAAAACUGUUUUGCAAAUUGAAUGUGCCUUCAAGAUUGACUUUUUGUAUUACAUGUUUUAUACUAUCCAGUUACUGUUUUGUAACAGCAUUAUGUGUUUUUACAAUAUUGUAAAUAAAAAUAAAGUUUUGAGUACAUUCUUGUACAGUCAAAGAA